AAGUUCAAAACAAAUAGUACGUAACUUAAAACAGCUGAUUUUGAAGUUGCAAACUUGCAAUACUAUAUAUUCACUUCACAGUUUCACACUGAUCGACAAGGCGCGCGGCUAACAAGUAACAAGUAGAAAAGCACACCGCUAAGUCGGGGUAUGGAAAAUAUUAUCUGAAGACAUCCUGAUCCUGUUGAUAAUCGACAUGUCCACUCCCGUCAUUGGAGAUUCAGCUCAAGUGAAACUAACUGAAAUUAGCAAUUAUCUAGACAUCCAAGAUGGAGUUAAUAUGGUGUGGCCAACAGGAAUUCCCAAUCAACAAGCAAAUGAGCAGACAUCUUAUCUUGUAGUACCUCCAGUUCAGGAAACUUCGAGGCAGGUCCAGUUUCAUCAAUUUGUCAACUGGAGACCAGGGCAACCAUUGAAUUAUAAUAGUUCAUCUCAUCAGUAUUUUGCUGCUGCAUAUACCAGAACUCCCAAUUAUGUCAUGACUGAUCCAAGACGUAUACAGGGAAUGGAAACCACCAUUGAAUACUUAAGAGAAUUGUUGACAAAAGAAUUUUCAAAUAAUGUCAAAGAAAAAACAAUGAGAGAGGAAAUGAAGAAAGAACUUGAAGAAUUGAUUGAGAAAAACCAAUUUCUUCAAGAACAACUUCAAACAGCAGUUAUGUCAAUUAAAGAGUUAGAGUCUGAAAGAAAAGAAAUUAACUGUGUGUUAGAGGAUGUGCUGGAUGCUCAGAAAACUUUGUCUGCAAACCGUAAAGAACUCUUAGAUGCCCAAAGUGAACUAGUAGUUGCUCAGAACAAGAUCAGUGAACUAAACACCCUUUUAGAAUUCAAAGUGACUGAGUUAUCCCUAGUAAAUGAUGAACUUAUUGUUUCAAAUUUGUCUUUAGAAUCAUUAAAAGUUUCAGAGUGUGUUGAAAGCUCUAUGAGUGCUGAAGGAAAGGAUGUUGCGGCCUUAAAGGUGGAGUAUGAAUUGCUGAAAGAUGAGUUAAUUGCAACCACCGAAAAGAAAAAAAUUAUUUCCAAUCAAUUCAAAGAGUUGGGGAAAAAAUAUCUCUACAUGAUUGAAUAUUCCGGCGAACAAAUGUAUGACGAAUAUGAUGCCAAGCACGUUGAAUUUAUUCAAAAAUUGGAAAAUCUAAACAAUUCCGCGAGUGAAACGCAAUCCUCUGAAAUAAAAAAAACUCUAGCUUGUUUGCAGGGACAAGUAGAAUUGCUGGAGGAAUUCCGGGAGAACUUUCGGGUAACUAUUGAAUUGUUGAUGUGCAGAAUCGGUCAAGAAUUUGCCUUGGUGUCGGAUCUGAGCAUUCGAGCGCCAAAACCUUCAUUUGAAAUUCCUGUAGAAGAUUUCGAUCUGUUGUUCCAGUUGAUUUCGGGUAUUGGAUCUGUAGAACUUGAUGGCGAACUGAAUGCGUAAAGUUUUCGCUUACCAAAUUUUACAAUUUCCAAAGUGCCAACAAUGUCUCAUUAUAGACGAGAAUUUUCAUUUCGCCUAACAGUUGUCUCUUAGUCAUAAUUGGUUUGAUUUGCGUCAUUUUUAGAAUUUCAUAAUGGCUCAAACUUUCUCAAUGCUAUUUACGGCUGUUACUCAUUUGGUUAUUAGUGUGCCUUAAAACUCAGGAAGCAAGUUCAACGCAAUUCUAGUUUUUUUCUCAUUGAAAUUUGUUAGUUAAUUUUUUUUUUCUCUGAAACUCAGAUCAUUCUGUUAAUUUGAUUAUUUUUCAACUUUCAAAAUUUGCAACACUACCUCAUCAGGAAAUAAUACAGACAAUUAUUUGAA